CCAAAAAGAAGUAAAAAUUUAUCUAUACGCGCCACGUCCUCUGAACCAUACAAAUUUUAUCCCAUUUAACAAACACCAACCUCACUUCUCAUGGCAUUUUCUGUGUCGUCCAUCUUCACAUUUCCAGGCCAGAAACUCCAUCACUCAGUCUUGCAAUUCACCAACUCUAAUUCUGGGAAUCCAAGCUUCAAUUGGAACCUCAGUACUAAAUGUGAAUCCAAAGAAUCAUCAUCAUCAGAGACAAGUCUGCCAGCAAAAAUCACAAAACUUGACAUAGGAUCUCCUAUUGUCGUUACCGAGGCUCCCAAAAUGAUCAAGACUGCUGCGUCGAUGCCAUGCCUCAGAGUUAAUUCUGGGUUAGUGAAGCCUGGUGAUGUGGGAAGAAUUGUGUCACGAAAGCCUAAGGAUGUGUGGGCAGUUCGUCUCAGCAUUGGAACCUAUCUCAUAGAUGGCAAAUAUUUCAAGCCCUUGGAGCUUGAUGAAUGAAUAAUGAUGAUUGAAAACUUUUAUUGCUGUUCAUCGGUGGUAUUGAGAGUUAAGACCUUCAAUUAUAUUAUUAAUUAGAUUCAAGCUUAUAGGCAAUAAUAUCUUACAACUCAAGUUAUCUUUUCCUCUUUAUUCAUAUUCUCUUAAUUUUUUUGGUUAUUUUCUUAGGAUUUACCAUGAAUUUUGAACCAUUUCUGAUCUA